AUGCAGCAGUCCCUAGAAACCCUCCAGAAGCGGCUCGAGGAGAUGAAGAAGAUGGCACAAGGGCCGCAUGAUGGCCGCGCGCGGGGCAUGGUGAUGCGAGGUCCUCCGCCCCGGACGACCACCCAGAAGCGGCACAUCCAAGUGGACAUGGGCGGGUUUUUUGAGGGCUCCAGCGCUUUCCCCCGGUGCGCCCAUCUGGCGGAGCAGCUUGCUGUGGCCCGCCGGAAGUGCGUAUCAGAGGCGAACGCCCUUGAGACUGCGGAGGCCAAAGAGGAAGCCGCCGCGGAGGACCUCAGCCGGCUUCAAGCACGAGCUGCGGAGCGCCAGCUCGAGCCGGAAGACGAGGACAAGGUACAGUUGUUGAAGCACGAGGAGUCUGCCUUGGUCUUGGGCAAAGCUCGCUUGGAGGAGGAGUGCUCAGAGAUGAGGCAGCGCUUGCAGCUGCUGGAGCACAACACCGAACAGGAGGAGCAGCAAGUGAAGCAGCACCUGCGCCAAGUGAGCAGCGCCCAGCAGCGCUUGUUGGUGGCCAAGCAAGCUGCUCUACGGACACCGGCGCGAGAGGAAGAAUCCCCUGAGCUGCAGGCCGAGGUUCAAGAACUGAUCUCUCAGGAGGCCUUUCUGAAGCAGGCGGAAGAAGAAGCUCAAAGACAGCUGCAGGAUGAUGAGGCGGCCUCGCAGGUGCAAGCGGAGGAGCACCGGUCACAGUGCCGCCGGCUGGAGGAGGAGCUCGCCGCCGCGGAGGCUUCCAGGCCAACAGAGCGAGUCAGCCGCCUGCAGGCCGCGCUGGCCGAGCAAACCCACGAGGCGGCCGAGUGUCGCGCCCAAGGCAGCGCCCUCGCGGCGCGCCUGGCAUCACUGCGCACCCACACCGCCAUGCAGCGGCGUUCCCUGGAGACCCAGCAGGAGGCGGAGGCAUUGCGGAGGCACAAUGCCCAGAGGGCCAGCGAGGAGGCCUUCUCCGCGGAGGCGCGGAAGGGCCAGCUGCAGCUGCUGCUCAGCGGCGCCAAGAGCGAGGCGGAGGCUUUGCAGGAAUGCCUGCAAAGCACUUCCUUAGAGCGUACCGCGCUACGGGAGGAGGUGGCGGCGGCUCGCCGGGAGGAGCAAGAGCUGCGGCAGGAAGAGCAGGUGCGGCGCACGGCUCAGCUCCGCCUCAGCCGGGAGCUUGAGGCCGCGCGCGCAGGCUGCUGGGAAGCGGAAGCCAAGAAGACGGAGGUGCAGAAGAAGGAAGCGCAGCUCCAGCACCGUGCCGCGCGAGGAGCCCACGGCUUGGCCACUGAGGAGGCCAACUUCGCGGCGGUGCAAACCGCGCACCGCCAGCUCUCUUCGGGGGUUGGCAGCACGCUGCAGGAGCUGGGCGCAGUUAGAGACGAGUGUCAGUCGGAGGAGACCAACCUCAUGGCGCUGAAGGUUCGUCUCCGGCAGCUGCUGCCCGCACAAAGCGCUAAGGCUGAGGCGGAGGCCGCCCAUCAAUUGCGCCUCGGGCAGCUGAGAGAGGAGCUCACGCAGAAGCAGGCGCGCCGCCACACUUCGGCAGUCCGAGGCUGA